CAUUUUGAUUUGUUACUAAACUUGUGACGGGUUGGCUCCAAACGUUUAGACCACUAGUGGAAUCCAACCAAUAGUGAGAUCGUUUGCCACAGACUACAGUCUGUGUCUCCGAAAAAUUGGAUGAUUUUCCUGAAUUAGUGAAUUAUUGUUGGUAGCUCUACCAUCGUUAUAGGUCGUACGAAAACCGAGUACACGGACAAUGCGAAUAUAAGGUAUGUCAAAUGCACUUUUGUUUUCGGAACCUGGCUUGGCUGGCUUGCUACAGUGCCGCCUUCGCGUAAAUCAAGCAAGAACAAUCCGCMAUUAUUAUUUCGAAUGGCGCCAGUCUCUUGCGUCUCGACCAUUAUUCAAUUGUUGUAGUUCCGAUCCGUGCCGUUCUGCGUAGAAUGUAGGUACUGUGUGGUACUGUGCUACGGUCUGUUGCGACACUGAAGAACCGUGCUCCUGUCACGAAUUAAGAUAUUUUAACUCGUGGGUGCUGUACGACCGCAUCUGUGGAUUCAAGUCGAAGGUACAUCUCCCGUGUUCGGUGGUUACAAUUUUUGACUUCUUAAACAGAAAAUAUCAACAGGUAUACUAAACGAUUACUGUUUAUAAUGAGUUUCGACACAUCAUGGGAUGUUGAUGAACAUAGAACUCUCCAUGACACUAUAGAGUCUUGGCAACUUAGACAAGCAUUUUUGAUUGCCAAUAAAUAUAAAUACCCUAAAGAUCGAUUAGUGACUUUGGCUCAUAUUUAUAUGAAUAUUGAAUUUUACGAAUGCACGUAUCCAAAGCCAACCAUGGAUCUUAUUGAUAAUCUGUCCAGAGGUUUUACUAGUGAUUUGAGAAGAUUACUUAACUUAAGGCCACGAAAAAUCAUAGAGACAGAUUUCUAUACUAAUGGGGCUAAUAAUGAUUAUGCUCAAACUGGCACUACAUCAAAAAUGGGUUAUUCAACACCAUUUGAAUUUAACUGCAUAUUACCAGGUUUUAUAUUGAGAAGUAGUGGUGGAACUCCCGCUGAAAUUCUUGAACAGUCAUGUUGUUUUAAUGGAAUAGGAAGACCAGAAAUAAUAAAUGGACAAUUUCGAAAUAUUCUUAUAGCACAAUUGUAUAUACAAAAAAAAUUGAUAGCAAUUGCUUUUCAUCAAAAUUCAAAGAAAUUAGCAAAUAAGGAAGUUUCACGAAUUGCAUAUGAUAUUUUGAAAGAAAUGUGCUUUACCAUUAAGGUGAAAGAAGUUGAUGAGCAAUUACAAAUUUCAUGGUCAGAUAUUGUGAAUGAUUCAAAACUUAAUACUUUUAACUAUAAAUCGGAUUAUAAUAAAGAAUUAGACAACAAUGUUGGUUCUAUGAUUUUGAAAAACAUGGGUUGGAAAGUAGGUGAUGGCUUAGGGAAGAAUAACCAAGGAAUCACAACACCAAUAAAAGUUAUUCAUCAUAAAAAAAGAGUUGGGCUGGGUGUUGUAACUUGUGAAACUAAUAGGGAAAACUUGGAGGACUUUAAGACACAUGCUAAGAAAUACGUGAUGAGGUUUUUAAACGGUCCAAAAAAAAGGCUUACGUUUUCACCUGAGCUUACAAAGGAUGAGCGUGAAAUUAUUCAUUUGAUUUGUUCAAAGCUUAACUUAAAGACCAAAAGUCAUGGAAUACAAGGAAGAAGGCAACUUGUGGUAGUCAAAAAACAAUCUCCAGAGGAAAUUUUUUCUGAACUCAGAAUUUGCAGCAACUUUGAAAAUGAUGAUUACAUAUUAAUUCCACCGCGGCAUGAAACCAAUAAUUAACARCGCAGUAUUGAAUUAUAAACAUGUUUUUUUCGGCUAGAAUUUAAUUAAUACAAUACUGCAGUUGGUGAUUUUUUAUUUUAUAAAAA